CCCAUUCCCAUUUGCAGGCCCCGUCCCCAUUCCUAUUCCCAGUGAUUCAGUCCCCAUUCCAAGGCUCAAUCCCCCCAUUCCCAUUCCCGGUGGUUCAGUCCCCAUUCCCAGGCUCAGUCCCCCCAUUCCCAUUCCCGGGCUCAGUCCCCAUUCCCAUUCCCAUUCCUGGGCUCAGUCCCCCCAUCCCCAUUCCCAGGCUCAGUUCCCAUUCCCAGGAUCAGUCCCCAUUCCCAUUCCCAUUCCCAGUGAUUCAGUCCCCAUUCCCAGGCUCAGUCCCCCCAUUCCUAUUCCCAUUCUCAUUCAUGGGUUCAGUCCCCAUCCCCAUUCCCGGUGCCUCAGUGCCCCCAUUCCCAUUCCAUCCCCAUUCCCAUCCCACCCCAUUCCCGGUGGUUCAAUCCCCAUUCCCACCCCCUCCCGUUCCCGGCUGUGUUCCCGCAGGGCAGGUGCUCAGCCGGGGGGACAUGGAGGCCGUGCUGGGCCUGGCGGCCGAGGAGCCCCUCCUGCUGCUGGCGGACGAGGUGCAUCAGGAGCGCUGCUUUGACCCGGCUCGGCCGUUCCUGUCGUUCCGCCGGGUGCUGGGCGAGGCGGGGGCUCCUCUGUCCCGCUCUGUCCAGCUCAUCUCCUUCUACUCCCUGUCCAAAGGGAUGGCGGGGGGAGGGUUCCGGGCGGGAUUUUUCGACCUGGUGAACGUCGACCGGAGCGUCCUGAAGGGUUUCUACACGUGGGGGAUGUCGGUGUAUCCCCCGAUCCUGGGCCAGGCCAUGCUGGAGGUGGCCAUGGACACCCCCAAAUCCCCGGAUUCUGCCUACGAGGCCGUGCAGGAGCACCGGCGGGAGCUGUGCCGGGCUCUGGCGCGGAACGCGCGGCGGGUGCAGGAGGUGCUGGGCGGGACCCCCGGGAUGCGCUGCCCGCCCCUGGCCGGGGGGCCCCGCGCCUUCCCCCGCAUCCACAUCCCCCCCCGCGCCCGGAGCUGCGCCACGGCGCUGUCGCUGCAGCCCGACCGUUUCUUCUGCCGGCGGCUGGAGGAGCUCACGGGGCUGGCGGUGACCCCAGGGAGCCACUUCCGGGCACGGGGGGCUCCCACCUGGGGCUGUCGCUGCUGCUGCCGCCGGAGAGGCUGGAGCGGGUCCUGCAGCUCCUCGUGCGCUUCCACGCCCAAUUCCUGCGGGAAUUCUCCUCCCCGGGGACUCCCCCUCGCCUUCCCCACCCCAAUAAGCCCCCACCCCAAAAGCCUCUCGUUGCCCCCCAAACCCCACGGCGAGGCCCGAGGCAGGAAGAGCUUGGAAGGCACUUGGAGACCACCCGGGAUGGGGUGA